UAAAUUAUCAAGGUGGAAAUAAUUUUCAUAGCUGCAGCAUUUUUAAGGAACUUCACAAAUUUGCAAGGGAUGUGUAUUCUACAAAUAUGAAGGAAUAUAUACUCCUGCUCCUUGUGGCCUUAGGUUCUGCUAAGCCUUUCCAAAAGCCUUCAUACUUCACCUUUAAGAAUGUAAUGCUCAUGGAUAUGGAAGAUCUGGAUGAUGACGACGACGACGACAAUGAUGAUGUUGAUGAUGAUGAUAAAGAUGACAAUUCCCUUUUUCCUACCAGAGCACCCCUGAUACCAGUUGACAUAUUUCCAGUAUGUCCCUUUGGAUGUCAAUGCUAUUUAAGAGUUGUCCACUGUUCUGAUUUAGGCUUGACUUCUGUACCAAGGAAUAUUCCAUUAGAUACUCGUAUGAUAGAUCUUCAAAACAACAAAAUAAAAGAGAUCAAGGAAAAUGAUUUUAAAGGACUUUCAUCACUAUAUGCCCUUGCCUUGAACAACAACAAAAUAACAAAGAUCCAUCCUGAAGCGUUUCAGUCAACAAAGAAGCUGCGGCGCCUCUACUUGUCCCAUAAUCAUUUAACUCAGAUCCCAGAAAAUCUGCCAAGAAGUUUAGCUGAGAUAAGAAUUCAUGACAACAAAGUUAAAAAGAUUCAUAAAGACAUAUUUAAGGGAAUGAAAUCUUUACAUGUUUUAGAAAUGAGUGCAAAUCCUCUUGACAACGAUGGAAUAGAACCUGGGGCUUUUGAAGGUUUGACACUCUACCAUAUAAGGAUAGCAGAAGCAAAAUUAACAUCUGUACCAAACGCAUUGCCAUCCAGUCUCCUGGAACUUCAUCUAGAUGACAACAAGAUCUCUGCAAUUGAACUUGAAGAUUUCAUUCGAUAUAAAAAUCUUCAGAGGUUGGGGUUGGGAAACAACAAAAUCAAAGAUGUGGAAAAUGGAAGUUUUGCUAAUAUACCAAAUGUUAGAGAAAUCCAUCUAGAAAAGAAUAAACUGAAAAAAGUACCAGCUGGUCUUUCAGAACUAAAAUAUCUACAGGUUGUCUUUCUUCACUCAAAUAGUAUUUCAAGCGUGGGAGUGAAUGAUUUUUGUCCAAGAGAAGGAAGGCUGAAGAAAACACUAUAUAAUGGCAUAAGCUUAUUCAAGAAUCCUGUCAAAUACUGGGAUAUCCAACCAGCAACUUUUCGUUGUGUACUAAAUAGAAACAGUGUGCAGAUUGCAAAUUAUGGAAAAUAAAAUAGUACAAGCAAAGAAUUAUUGGAGUACUAUUAUUAAAACCAGUAUCACAAAACUUGAAACUGUUAAAACCUGUAAAUUACACUCCCCAAUUUCUUUACAAAACUUAUACAAGAUUUAAUAAAUUAAAACAUUUCUCUAUGUUUUUAAUUUGUGUAAUUUAGGAAUCGUACUAGAAUAAAUGAUUUCUUAGCACAAAAUUGGAUUGUUUUGUUCACUGAGAUCCACACUAAGUUGCCUUUUCUUACAGAAAAAAAUAGUAAGUUUUAAUACAAUUUUAGGGUAUUAAAUAAUUAGUUA